GCAUUACGUUUAAUUUUUUCCGAAUUUUCAUUUCCAAAAUUUAAUAUUUAUUCCUACGUUUCUAAUAUUGUCUCCAUGUGUGUGCGCAGGGCCUUGCGUUAAAAUCGCGCGAAAAUUAUUCGACGCAAGAUCGAUGGACCGAUCGAGCAUCCGCAUCGUGCGUCGCUACGUCGCGAGAUGGAGGCAGCGUACGCGAGGGUUUUUUUUUUCUUAUUUUUCCCUGUCAUUCGCGACAGCUGUCAAAGAUGCAUAUGCUCAUACACAGCAUCGUCUGCCGUUUCGAGGCAACGUCAAUCGACGCGACGAGGACACGUCGGAGCGGCGGUGAUAAGCGCGGAGGCGGAGGUGCGUACGGUACGGAUAAGUCCGCGAUGCCUCGCGAGAAUCGCGGGAUCUCUGAGGAUCCGUAGAUGCGUCGCGUCGUACCGCCUCGUCGCGCCGCGCUCCUCCACAGGCAGGGUGGCGAUUACGAGGCGAGGAUAACCUCCCGGUUCCCGCACGUCCGCGCGAUCGAGAUACACGCGAGAUCUGUUCCGUCGCGUAUUGGUCGAAACCGUCACGUCACAGCUCGGCCAUGGCGUGCCUGAUGUUGAACCAGGAAAAUGUGAGCUUGAAAAUACCGUCGGUCGAGACGGUGGACGGAGUCACGUAUUAUUGCAUCGAGGUUGGGAUCGCGUCGAUCAAGUGGACCGUGAAGCACAGGUACAGUACAUUUGCAACAUUGCACGAGAACUUUGUCUCCAAGUACUGUGUCGAGAAGGACAUUUUACCACCGAAAAAGCUCAUAGGCAACAAGUGCGAGAUCUUCGUGGAGAAGCGUAGACAGAGUCUCGAGAUAUAUCUUAAUGCUGUUUACAAUUACUUGAAGAAGGCGAUGCCUAGAGAACUGGCUUUAUUCUUGGAUCUGCACGAAUACGACAUAUACUUUUUGGUACAAAGCAUGGCUUUGGAAUUUUUUGUUACGGGCGAUACUUUGCUGCAGACCUCAACAAGUUAUAAAUUUAAUCCUGUACAGUUGUACGCGAUUAGCGAAAGAUUAAAACAACCGUGUCCAGUGUUGGAAGUUGUGGAUAAGGAAUACGACUUCAGUCAUGUUUUGGAUUUUAAUUCUCGUCUAACUAGUCUCACGAUUGAAGGGAGUUCGGAAUCCUACAAGACUAGUAACAUUUAUCCAUCUGCGUUGUCUAUCGAAUUAUCCACUUUCAAAAAUGUACGACAUCUAACGAUCGAUCGAUACCCAGUGGACAAAAUUUACAACAUGGGAAAUCUUCGAGAUACCGUGACCAUGCUGAAAGUUACCAAUACCAAGCUCAGAAACAUCGUGGAAUUAGCCAUGUGCGAGGAGGUUCAUAAAAACAUCGUAAAUGCUAAUGAUUCUCACGUAUGGAUGAAGGUGACACACCUGGAUCUUAGCGACAAUCGUAUAGAAGUUAUAGAUGAGGCGAUUAAACUGUUACCACAUAUAGAAUGUCUAACGCUAAACAACAAUCACUUGUCCGAGAUCUCCAACGUGACGUUGUUGCCGAGAUUGUCACAGUUGUACCUGGCGUCUAACAAUUUUACCAGUCUGCCGGAUGAUCUCCAUACGAAACUCGGAUACAUUGUUUACAUCGACUUGUCGCAGAAUAAACUCACGUCACUCGCCAGUUUUUCGAAACUGUAUUCGUUGGAAGGAUUGGACGUGAGUUGUAAUCGUAUUGAGAAAAUCGAGGAGGUGAAACACAUCGGUCAUCUGCCUUGCCUCGAGAACCUAAGGCUAACGGGUAAUCCAGUAUCAACGAUAGUCGAUUACAGGGUUAAGGUAUUGGAGCCGUUUGGUAAAAGAGCUGCCGACAUCUGCUUGGAUAAUGAAAAGCCAAAUCAAAAGGAACUCGAUACUGUAUCGGUUCAUCAAGCGUUGCGCAUCGCGCGGGAGGGUAAAUCGCCGUCGUUCACCGCGUCCGAUGCGCCACUAUUCUCCGCCGAGGUUCCAAGUAUAUAGAAGAUUUUAAACGCGAUUUUCUUUUUUAUCGCGACAAUCGUGUUACGUGAAGUAUAUUUAGAUACGAAACAAAAAUGUUUUAUACGAUAUGUAGACUUUAUCACUACGAGACUGAUCUUUUUCUCUCACGGUAAUAUUGUUUUUGGUCUCGAUUUGUUAUACAUUACUUGCUAUUUUCAUUGAUACAAUCUAAAUGAAUAAAAAUGACAUGCUUUUUACUUC